AGUCAGUAUAAACCAUAGGCGAUUGAUUGAUUCUAUAAAAGAAACAAGAAACCAUAACGUGAAGCAACCUCCGCCGUCGAUCUCUUCUCUUUCUCUCCGAUUCUCUCUGCAUUGUAUUGUAGCAGAUGGCGAGUAUUCGUUGCGGAGGAGGAGGAGGAAGGGCGUUCACCGUUCGUAAUGAUCGGCGAACUGUAACCGCUCGAUCGCCGUCUGUGAUUCCGGUGACUAACCGACGGAAUCGGACGGAGAACGGGAGAGUUUCGAUGACGAUGAGGGCGGAUUAUGCACCGGUGAAGGCUGAAAGGAAACGCGGCGGAUCCGUCGUGUCGCGGGAGAAGCUGGACGAGUGGUUGAGGGAUUCGGUCGUCGAGAUCGUUAAGAAUCUGAGAGAUUCGUCGUUGAUGGUGAACUUAUACGCGGAAGGAAACGGAGGAUUGACGACGGCGGUUACGAAUCCGGCGGCGGAGGAUUGGGAGGAGAUGGAAGGGAGGUGGGGGAGAGGAGAAGAGAGGACGCCGGAGGGAGUUGUGUUGGUGGAGAAGCUGGAUGAUGAUGAAGUAGAUGAUUACGAUGGAGGAGGCGCGUGUGGGGAAGGUGGAACGAGCGCGUGGGGGAUAGUGGCGCAGGGGAGGGGAACGGAUAGUGGACCGGUUUGUUACUUGUUGAAAACGACCCGGGUUGGGUCGGGUGUGGGUGCGGUUUGCACACAUUUCUGUUUGGUGAAGGUGAAGAGUUUUAGGGAGACGGCUGUGUCGCAGUUGAAUAACUCGUGGCUGGUGCAGACUGGUCAAUGACGGAAGAUUUGGUUUAAUGGUGAUUGUGGUUUGUAAAUUAUUUAUUCUCUUUGGGUUUGAAAUUAUGAAACCCUUAAUGGAAUAUCAAAGAUUCAAAAUAUCAUCGUUAUAUAUACAUGAUAAUCUUCCAACAUUUUAGAAAUAUGGGUUAGUGAAUGUAAAUGUUUAAUCCUAUAAGAACAAUUGAUAUUUUGUUACAAGACAAUUUCUUUGGAAAAUAGACAU